AUGGCAAGAAGAAGCUCGAGAAAUGUCCCGAAGAACAUCUCUACACUGAAGUCGCAGCUUUACAAGAGGACUCAUGUUCGUCCUCGUCCAUGCAGGACCAUCAUGACCCGCAGCCAGUGUAACACCAGCUUCUUCCACAGGCUGCCGUCUGAGCUGUUCAACAUCAUCCUGGAUAAACUGACUGUGCUGGAUAUCAGUGUGUUCACCAUGGUUUCCAAGGACAUCACAAGAUUUGUUGUGGACUACAUCUCCACUAUGACCUGGAAGAACAAAAUGAUCAUCCACAACUUUCACUACUCCACCUGCCUGGAACGGAGAUCAUCUAUUGGACAUUACAGAGACCUGGGUCUGUUGUUCAAGAGAUGUACCCUGUUGCUACCCACAAAGGAAAGGUUAAAGUUUAUCUUCAGCAGGUUUUCACAGAUUCCCUGCUUCAUGCUGGAGCAGUGUUUGGCACAAGUCUGCAUUGGUUUCUCCUGCUAUGGGGUCUUCCUCCAGACUCUGAUCGCAGGGUGGGAUGAGUUAGAGUGCCACAGAGUGUUCAUCUUUCUCUGCGAACACACAAAUCUGCUGCAAAAAAUGGAGGCAGUCAUCAUCGGCAAACCAGGGGCAAGGUGGUACCAGGAGCUGCAGCUCCGUCUUUUCUGCCGCCAGGUUCUCUUGGACCCGUGGCCAAACCAGCCAGAGUGUCAGUUCUGGCUAAUGCAACUCCUGAAGCCCUGGCCUUUGGUUUGCCAGGCACGUUUACUGUUUAUCCUAUACGGACCUCUGCUGACUGAGGGCACCCUGGGAUGGCAGGAUAUGGUGGAGAGGGGACUGCCUCACAACGAUCUGUGGGAUCUUGCCAGGGCUUUCCUCCUGCUUCUAGGCAAAAUGGAGGUCGAAUGCCAGACCUCUAAUUCAAUGCUUGCAAUCUUGGAGGAGCUCAUUGUCAUUCCCCAACAAUGGCAUGUAGAGAAUGUGGCUCGUCUGUUGGUGCUGUGUGGCAGCAGUUUCAGCUACUCUGUUCUGGCCAGCAAGGCCAUCAAUGGACGACUUCCUGAGAUCUCAAGACUCCUCGUGUACAUCAUACUGGUGUGCGAGAAGGACGGCUAUCACAUGUCCUGGGUGGUGAAGUUGGUGCAGCAGAUCUUCAAGGUCCUCAGCACACCUCCUGAAAAGUUCUGCCUCAUCCAACAGCUGGAGAACAUGUUCUCACAGGUCACCAGGGAGUUUUUUGAGUUUAGUGUUACAGGAAAUCAUCUGGACAACAGAGAGACUUUCCAGACCCUGUGUAUCCUGUUGGACUCCAGUGCUCACUUCCACACUAAAUUCCUCCACAUGCUCCUCAAAUAAUAAGUUGGAAAAUUAGAAGUAACGAAACAUGAAACAUAGGAUGGAGAGCUGAGAUCUGCUAAACUGAAGGCGAGUACCUCUCUUGAAAAGAUUAAUAGGGAGAAAAGGAGCUUUGAAACGGUAUUAGGAUGGAGGUGAAGAUGAACCUGAACAUGUGGAAUAUGCUUCACAGUGAACUGUUUUCUGUAUACAACACUGCAUUUGUUGGUCGAAAACAGAACUGUUUCAUUACCUGAGCCGAGCACCAUGGUUGUUUUCUUAACAUUAAAGUUAAAAAAUCUUGUUCACCUUCAACAUCUUGCAAGUUCACUUUUGUAAUCUUAAUUUAUUAACACUGAACACAAUGUAUUGACACUAUUUAUUACAGUAUUUAAUAUUUAUUUUUAUUGAACCUCUGUAAAUGUGAUAUAAUGAUUCCAUUGUUUUUAUACAAUUUAUUAAAUUGUCAUAUUUAUCUUCUUGUACAUAUGUUUAUGUGUUUGAAGAUUUUUCUGGCAGGAUUUGAUGCUGCCCUCUUAUAAAUACAGAAACACAGCAUGCACUCAGCAGAUACCCCUUUAUUAUCCCUCAGUCAGGACCAGAUUCAGCAGAAAACUAUUUCCAAAAAAUACAGAGGUGACAAAAUCAAAUCGAUUAACUUCUGUCACGGAAUAAAAAAGUAGUAGCUUUUAUAAAGAUGUUUACAUGUUACUUGAAGUAGAAACAAUAAAAAGGACAUUUUCACUGUACAGCACGUUUUUAAAUUGCAUUCAGUAUGUCAGUAAUGACAUGUAAUUAAUUUCUCUCCAGUGGGCGCUUUAAAUGAGUAGUAGCACUCACAG